CGUAGAACUCUGGCUGUGCACAUCACCUCGCCGUUGUCAGCGACGACGAUUGUUUGCGAAGAGGCUAGGACACACUUAGGCAAGAACUGAACACUAGACCACGCAGCGUCGCCGCGGCAAUUCACAUCAAUCAGCUAUCUUACGUUGUCGUUGCUAACGACGACCUGCUUCUUUGCGCCUGACAAAGCGUAACUCACCGACCAGUCAUCGGCGGGACCGCUUAAUUUAGCAAUAGACCGUGAGUACAGUCAUUCCUCCGUGUGCAUUAAUUCUACUCAGCCUCGUGCUCACUUCUCUGCUGACAAUGGCCACCAUCGCGACUUGGUAUAAUAACCAAUACUCCACUUGGAAUAGGACAAGGCGACUCCACGCACAGCCGUAUCUCGCUCGCACGGACACAUCCACCUCACGCAGGGCUGCUGAGAUGGCACAGCAGAUGGCAGCGGCCCAGGACGCAGUCGUUCUCAACAUGGGCAAUCCCAAUGGGCUAGAUGCAAACAAGGAGAAGACGUCUGACACCCUCUUUGGCCCCAACAUCGGCAUUGUCAGUGGUGGGCCCGAAUGGACGGAGAGACACGAGAAGAGCAGCGAUGAGCUGACUCCGGAGAUCAUCAAGAACUGGAUUGCCAGAAGCAAGGAGGGCUUCCCGACGACGACGACGCUGCAGGCGCUCGUCAAUCUUAAGCGACCCACGCUCCGACUGACGCCAUUCGAGGACGCUCCCUCAGAUGAUCCCGACCACGCUGACUCGCAACACCACCACGGACUUGAAUUCGAAUACGACUGCGAUGCGCCUAAGUGCGGGAUCAGCGUCAACGUACUCCUAAGUCCGCGCCACCAUCUAGCGGGCAAGGCCGACGCAAGCGGGCUGUACAAGUUCCUCGUUUACGAGUCUGUUGUCGACGGUGGCUUCGGCAAGGUCUUGAAGCACGAGGACGGCGCGACGCUGGAGCUCGGAAGGUUCGAGCUGUGUGCCGACGAUCCCGAGAAGGAUACCGCGGCGGAGUCAUCGGUGGCUGUGGACGCGGAGGGGCAGCAGGCGCCGGAGGACAAUCACACGAAGCGGCUGCGGUUCACACACUUCAACUUCCGGAAGCGCAGUCAGAACCGGAAUGUGGCCGGCCCUGCCCUAGCUGUGGUCGAUGCGGAGACGCAUGCCACAGAAGGGGAGGAGAGCGAUUCGCAAACGGCAAGUAGGAGGGAGGAGCCCGAUGUUGGCGUGCGGGUGACUAUCCGAUUGGCUGCGCUGGACGGCGAAGGACAUGAGUUGCCGUCUGUGAACGAGCAGGUCACUUACCUGCACAUCGUCCGCUAUGGUCCUCCCCCUGUGUCCUUAGAUGGACAAGUCAUCGAAGACAAUCGUCCCUGGGUCGUCAAAGUUGUGAAGCGUGAGGCCACUAUUGGUCCACACACGUUCCAUCUGCAUGAGAUUUACGGCCUCUCCGCUAACUCAACCACUCCGUCGCAGCCUGUACCUACCUCACCCACCUCCGCAGAACAGCACGUCUACCCUCCCGUUCCCCCGCCCGGCACGACACAGGAGGAAGAACCCUCGUCUGAGUGUCUUCUCUGUCUCUCCUCCCCGCGUGAGGUUGUCCUUCUGCCAUGCCGCCACCUGGUUGCCUGUAGGGAAUGUGCACUCAACAUGAUCGAGUUUGGUGCGGGCGGCACGAUCGUGCAACAGGACAACGAGCCCAGUGCCACCACGGGUCCGGAUGACACCGCGGGCGAUGGCACUAACGUACCCACGUCCACCUCCGACGGCGCGCUGCCUGGCUCGGAGGCGGUCGCUGCGCCUCCCGUACCGCGACGUAAGCGCAAGGCGAAGGGGUGGUUCUGCCCAGUGUGUCGUCAACCAUACACAUCGAUGCUCCGAAUUACCACCGUGCCGCCCUCGAAAGAAGACGAGAUGCGCGACUCAAUGUCCACGGAUGUGCAUGUAGAGAGAGUGCCCGCGUCUCCGCCUGCACAGAGCGUCCGCGGGAGCCUUACUGCGUCGUUCCCCCGCCCUGGUGCCCUCCUCCGUGCGUUCGGUCGUUCCAGCGCACAGCAGCCAGAUGUGGAGAGGGGCCAGGUGCAGGCUUAGAUAUUCAUGACCGCGUUGCUCCUCAUUGUCAUCGACUCGGCCGACAUUCUUCUACUGGUGCCCUUUCACCCCACCCUGAAUUGUGUAAUCUUACAUCCCCAGUGCUUGGAUUCCUCUUCAUUACCG